AUGUUCACCGCCUUCGCCCCGACUACCAACUUUGGCUCGAUUUUCCCGCCAACGCCGUCUUUCCCACUUAAUUUACUUUUCCCGACACCUUUCCUGACCGCCAUCCAGCAACACAACGAGGAGCUUUUUCUCAAGAAGAGAAAACGUUCGUUUUUUCUUUGUCCUUUGAAGAAAAAUUUGAAAAUUAUACUGAAUUUUCCACGAUGUCCUCUCAAGGCGUCCCGGUUGCGAAGCGUUUUCUGAAAAUUACCAUUUUUCGUUCGGUUUCAGCAAUGACUUCCUAUAGAAAAAAACGCUAAAAGUCGGCUGCAACAGUAGGAAAAUCAACAAAAAAAUUUAGAGCUUAAUUUUAAGCCGCGACGCACGUUGAGCCAUUCUCGAUGCGACCAUGGGAGUUGAAAUUAGUUCAAAUAUGGUCUUUUAUUUGCUUUCAUGAAAGAUUCAUUGGAUUUUCUUUGAAAAAUGCGUCGAAUAAAGGAAAGUGACGUCAUAAUUGAUUGAGGUACAAAAAUUUCAUGUAAUGACGUCAUUUUAAAUAGGUUUAUUGGGUAGUUACAGAGACAUAUUUCCGUAAAAACGUUAAAAAUGAUUAUUUUUGAGUAUUAUGACGUCAUAGCUUUGUUAAAAUGACGUCAUUUUAUUUUACGAAACAGCACGCAUCACAUCAUUAAAAUUGAAUGUUUGGAACUAUUCCAAAAAUAACUUCACUGUUUCUGUAGUUUUUGAGGGUACUGUAAUCAAUAGUCAACAGGUAUUUCAUCAAUUUUCUGGGCCUUGAAAAACCUGAGCUUUUCAGGCCUCCUGUCGAAGUCGCCACUGCCGCCGACCAAACGAUACGCCGAUGCGCAAGCCGCCGAAAGUCCGGAGUGCUCCGCUUCGUCCUUGGCGGCCCUGGAGAAACUCUCCCAGGACGUGACUCCAUCGCCGGUCGACCGCAUUUUGGACUGCGAAGCUAGGAGAAUUCCUUCCAAAGGUAAUCCAGGUAAUCUAGAAAGUUCGAGCAUUUUUUAGAAAAACUUUGUUUAAAGAACAUUAUCAAAAGAAGGUUUAUAUUUUUUCAAUCUCAAAACCCCUAUAGAGACCACUUUUCGGCCCCUAUGGGCAUUGUUUUCCCUUUUAACCCCUAUAGGGACCGCUCUCGGAAUCGCAAUAUCCCCAAAAACACUUUAUUUCGUGUAAAUUUAAUGAGAAGCUCUACGAAAUCGCCUUUUUCAUUAAAAUAUUCAGCAAAAUUUUGAAGAACAGCUUCCUGUUUCUCAACUAUCUGAUAUUGCAUCGAAAUGAUGUUAAAAUUUGUUAGGAUCUGUUAAUUGCGUUCAAAAAGGAUACCAAAAGCUAAUUCAGGACGUAUAGAGUUUGUUACCGGAAGUUUACUCUAAUGGGAAAAUUUUUAGUGGCCACUAUAGAGGCUCGCCGGAGAGGACACUGAAGUGAUCACUAAACCCACCUCUAUAGUGGCCACUAUUUUCCGUUUUAGUGGCCACUUCAGUAGUUUUUCAUCCAGUAUUCCUUCCAGUAACUCUGAUAAUGUUAAAACAAACAGAUUGGACCAGUUAUGUUGAUCCAUUGGCCCCUAAUAUGGCCACUAAGUGGUCUAGUAGUAGCACUUAGACCUUUAUAGUGGUCACUUGAUUUUAACCCCUUUAGUGGCCACUCAUUUGACGACUAUAGUGGCCACAAAAAAUUUUAGUGGUCUAGUAGUAGCACUCAGAUCUCUAUAGUGGCCAUUAAUUUUUAAACCCUUAAGUUGCCACUAAUUUGACUCCUAAAGUGGCCACUAAGACUUUGAAACCCUAUAGUGGCCGCUAAAAGUCUUCCCAAAACAAAAAAAUGAAAUUUUAUUCGUCUUGAAAUUCACGGACCGCACGUAGAAUGGCUCAAAAGAGCGCCGUGGUUUUUCUUUUGAAAGGAAUCGAAUGAUUAAAAUUUUUCAAAUACGAUUAUUAAUCUGAACUGGUUCAUGAACAGAUCAUCAUUUUCUCGAAUUUAUGAGAUAUAAACUUACUGUGAAACGUAGGAGAAACAGGUUUUUCCUUAGUUUUUUUCUUCUCGCUGUACGCUGAAACAUUUUUUGAUUGAUUUGCCCAGGAAAUCGCAACAUUUUCCACGGUUUCAGAACUUUUUUGGGAGAUUUUUGGUGAACCUAGAAAAUGGGGAAAAAAAAAGGGAGUUUUCUUCUUUUUCUUCCGAAAAAUCGUUCAAAUGGAAGGUAAUAAGACUUGGAGUGUGUAAAAUUUGAAGAAAUCCGGGCAUAUAUAUUACUUUAUCUGUCUGGAAGUCUCCUAUUUUCAUGUGCUCUUUUCUGUGGAUUUCCAAAUUUUUAUUCAAAUUUACAUUUUCCUCACGUUCUUCUCUAUGAACUGGGAAAAAUUGUUUUAAAAUAUUGAUUUUUUAAAGAAAUUUUAACUCAUAUAAUUAUAAAAAUAAAUAUAAGAAUCCAUUUUUUUUCAAAAUUUUAGCUUGAAAGACCCUCCAUUUAAACCAGAAUCUCUCUUCCAAAUGACGUCAUUUUCCAGUAGCUUUGACGUCACGCAAUCGAUACGGACGCCCGUAUAUUUCCGGCCGACCUCUGCUGACUUGCGACCGGCUGAAAAUCGUCGAAUGCUUCCGGAAAGGAAUGAAGAAGAUCCACAUCGCCAAGCAGCUCGGCAUCACCCACAGCUGCGUCAGCAAGGUCUUGAGAAGGUCAGUUUGCCGUUUCAUGAGAAGUUGGGGCUUUUAUUGGAAAGAGCUCAUUGAGACGGUUCUAAUGAUAUGAAAUUUAUUAUGUCUAGGAGUACUGGAGAAAAAUUGGAUUGAAGAUUUGCGGACUUUGAGUCUACAGUAAUCCUAGUGUACUAUUUUGUGACUUUCAGUCUGUAGAAAAAAAGUUUGAAGCUUUGCGGGCUUCGAGCCUACCGUAGCCCGUUUAUUCUGUAAAACUCAAGAACUCAGAAUUUGAUGAGGAGUUUAUUAUUACUGGAGAAAAAAGAAGUUGAAGCUCUGCGGACUUUGAGCCUACCGUAGUCGAGAAAUUUUGGCUCAGGAUAUCCUUUCUUUGGACUUUGAUAAGGUGAAGCUUACUAAUAUUUCUAUAUGGAUAAUUUCACUGUCAGAAACUUGUUACUACUGGGAAAUUGAAGAUUAAAACCUUUGCAGACUGGUAGCCUACACAAUCCCGAAAAAAAAUUGUUAGGUCAUUGAAAAAAGUGAACUUUCUGAAUAUUCACAAAACAGAAAAAUCAGUAUUUCUCAAAAAAAUGAAGAAAAGUCUUUCUGCGGACUUUAUAAGUACAGUAACCCUGGUAAUUUUCGAUACGCGUGUCAUAUUGACAUCUAGCUGUCUCCCAAGUUCCAAGAGUUAAAAAAUUGUCAAAAAAUGAAGUGACGUAACUUGCGGACUGAAUGACUACCGUAACCCUUUGAAAAAAAGGUUUCUACUAUCGUAGAAUUUCCAGUAAUCUGCCCUCAGUUCCCAUAAUUUACUUUUUAUUUAGAGUACGUCGCCAAAAAGUUGAGAAAAAUGAGUUCUGCGGACUAAAUUCCUACCGUAAUUCUGAAAUAAUUAAAUUCGGGAAUUUCAAAAAAAAUUAAAUUUUUACCAAUUUUCAUGGAUUUCUUGCCAAAACUACCGUAAUCCUAUUGACAAUCAAACCAUUCUUUUUAAAAAAAAAAUCAGGCCAUCUCUUGCAUUUCAUAACCUACCGUAACCCAUCAGACGAUUUGUCUCGAGACCCAAAUUUGAGCCCAUUAAACCGCGACCCAACUCAAAAACUAAUAAUAUCCAGGAAAUCUCUCUCCGUUUUGCAGGUCGGCUUACUGUAACGGACACAGGUCGCGGCGAUAUGCAUCUUUGCGUUUCCCCGUUGAAAUCCAUAACAUAAAAUAAAUGCAAAAAAAGUGUGCGGCGGAGCAAAAAUGACGGACAAAAAAUGGACGGCCACCCGAAAAUGGAAAAAAAAAGGUCGGUGCGUGCGCGCACUUGUUUUAGAGAUGCUAAUCUUUGGGGUGAUUUAUGAGCUGACUAAUUUGUUUUUUUUUUGUCUUUGGUUCGUUCCGUUUCGCCUUUCAUAAUGACCUAACCUUCAGAGUGUUGAGAAGGGAUUUCGGCCAAAGUCUUAUUUUGAAAAGUAGUCACUUGAGGGUCCUCUGAUAAGUUGAAAAUUGUCGAUGAGUCAAGUGAUAGGACUUGCAGACUUCAUGACUACCGUAGCCCUAAAAAAAUCCAUUUAAUUGCCCUUUUUUGAUAUGCUGAGUUGAUACAACCCACAGUUAAAAAAACUUUUUUUAAAAAUCAUUUUCCUAACUUUAACCACAUGCUUCUUAAGUGAUGAAAAACCAAUUAAGGGGCCACUUAGUUACCUAUUUCAUGAAAUUUUUCUCACUCGAAUCUCUGCAGAAUUCUUCCAAUAGGUUACCUCUUGAACUCGAUCACUAUAGUGAUCACUCAGGGAUUCUCCUUUUUCAUUUAUAAUAUUGAAAACUCAGAAAUCAAUUUUCAAAACUAUAGUGUAGUUUUGAGUCAAGAACUUGCUAAUAACCAAAUGACUUUUGAGCCAUUGGAAGGAAAAUUGAACGUGAAAAUAACGUGAGAUAUAAUAAAGGAUCCGUUUAUUCCUAAGCUCAAGAGCGAUAGAACACCAUCGCCAUGGGAAAGAAAUGCCCAGCCAAAAAAAGUUCGAGUAUCGAACUUUCCACCUCUACCGUGUACUUCACGUCUGCGGCCUUCGGUGAGGAUCCAAAAAAUUAGACAAAAAAAUUGAUAAGCUUGAAAAGCGAGAGACUGUGGGAGUCGAGGAGAUGUCAGAGAAAGAGAGAUCUAUGGCCUCUCUUCCGCUGCAGUACUCUCUCGCUUUUUAGAAAUUUACCUUCAUUUUUUCAAAAAAGGAGCUCCACAAGCUAGACAGUGUUGGAGAUGGAGAGACGUAGAGGUUUAUUUUUCUCUUUUUCUCUGGCACCUCUUCAUUUCACACGGUCUCUCUUAAUUUUUUUUUAGUUGACUUGUAGUUUCAAGACUCAAUUUUGAUCACUGUGGAUUAUUUUUGUUGAGUGUCAAUGCUUGAAAUAUUUGCAAUUUUUCCAGAAAAAAAAAAUAUUUCAGUUAUUUUGUACCUCCUCUCGGUGAUUGCCGCGAUCUUGAUCACUAGGAUCCUUGUGGUUAUUUUUUUUUCCCCCUUCGAAAUCCAUUUUCAAUCGAAUUCAGAAGAAAGGCUUAUCUUCGAAAAAAAUAAUUUUAACAAGAAAGGAGGCUCCAAGAGCCCGUCGGGAUCCAAGGGCAGCAAGUCGGCCGAGAGCCCGGGAACGCGUAAAUUUUGAGAUCAAUUAUAUUUUUAGUAUGUUCACCGCGGGUUUUUUUGAUGCUUCUGAACAUAUUUCUGACCAAUUUUUUUCCCAAUAAUUUUUCAGCUUCUCUGUUUUAGUAGUUUUUUUGACAAGCUUUUUUUGGAACAUGGCCAACUUUUUCAAAAAAAUUUUUUUAAUUUUUUUGAUUUUUUUAGUAAACUUAUUGCUGGCUUGUUCAUAUUUGAAAAACUUUUUUUGGCAGUCCUUCUGAAUUCAGGAAAUUUUUUUCCAAUAUUUUUAUAAAUUUUCUCUCUUCUGGUUUACGUUAGCUCAUAACGGCGGUGAAUAGACUAACUUUCAAUUUUUUUUUCGACUUUUCUAGAGAAUAAUUUCAGCGAAUGAUUAACUCUUUGGACUCCGCCUUCUUCACGAUUGACACCUGCUUGCUUUUUCCUUCUUCAUUUUUUUUUUUCAAAUUUUGUCGGAAUAAAAUUUGGAGGAGAUAUCCCGUUUUUUUCUGGAUAAUCUGGCCUUUCUCUCUAUAAGAUUUAAAUUUGAGGAGAAAUCUGGAGAUUUAGGAAGUUUUCACGGGACAUAACUUCAGAAAGUAGCUUCUUGAAGCUGAGAAACGCAAAAAUUCAUUUUUCAAGCUAUUUGCAUUUUUUAUGAUCUUGAUUACGAUAUUUCUCGUUCCAUUUGCGUUAUGAAAAUAAUAUUUCAUCUUCUUUGAGAAAAAAAAGUGGAAGAAGUUUGAUUCUGCAGAAAGUUUCCACUGCAAAAAAAUGGAGAAGUUCUAAAAAAAUCUCAAAAAAACUACAAUUUUCUAACCAUCUGCAUUUUAUCAGCAGAAUUCCUGAUAACGGUAGAUUUUUUUGUCUGUUUUUUUAAACCAAAGAUCAAUUUCAAAGAUUUUGGUAAUGUUGUAUAAAGUUUCUACAGAGAAAAGCUUCGAACGAGGCUCAAAAACUGCAAAAUUUGAAAAAAACAAAUGCUGUUAGGAACUUCUAGGAACUUUCUACUGUAGGAACCUGAAAAAAGGCUCUAAAAAGCUUAGAAUUUUCAAUAAUCCUUCCUUUUACUGAAUUUAUUGAUUAUCCUAGCAAUUUUCGUUCGAAAUAUUAACACUUUUUUUCAAUUUGAGUCAAAACUAUGAAGAACUUCUACUGAAAAAGAAGCUCGAAAUGAGGCUCCCAAAAGCUCAAAAAUUUUUCAAAAAAACUCCUAGCACAUGCUUUUUCAUUUUCUCGCAUCACAACAAUUUUUUAAAUCAAAAAUUUAAAGGUACGCUGAAACCGGAGAAGUUGGAGCCAGAGCCUGUCGGACAGCCUCCUGCUCUUGUCCAGGCUCUGCCGAAUCUCAUGAUCGCAGGUGGAUCAAUCAAUAAAUCGAUAAAAAUCAAUAUUCUCAGAUUUUGCCGCCACCUCCAAGACAACAUCCAACGUCGACUUUACUCCAUUGAAAAGUGAUUUUAUAUUCCUCAUAUCACCAUAAUAUUGCUCAUGUUACAGCCUCCUCAUGCCGCAAACCAGCACCGUCAUCUACUACUCGAAAAUAUUCGAAAUUUCGGAGUAAUCUCUUUUUUUUCAUCUUUGCAAGCAACAACUUUAAUUUAUAUGUUUUAUUGCAUUUAGAAAAAUUGUGAUGAGAUUUUUUUGAGUACCGGUGACUAACAAAUUUUGAAAUUUUAAGAUUUUACUAACAAUUUAUCGUAUAGAUAAUAAGGAAAUUUGUUGUGAAUGAAAUUUUUAGAGGAAAUUUUGGCAAUGGAAAGAGAAAAAAAGAAUGAAAAAUUAUAAUUUGACGCGACCGCGACGCAUUGAGCCAUUCUACGUGCGGCCUAGAAAUUUUAAUGUUAAUAAACUUCAGGCAGAAAAAAAUCACGCGCGUCAAAAAAAUUACGUCGGAUGUGUUGCUUCGAGUGUAAAUGAACUGACGCAAAGUUGCAUACUCCAAAAAUUUUUUGACGUUUUAAGGUUUUUUAAUUUUUUUUCCCAUUGAUUUCUGUACCGCCAAAUUUUUCAAAAUAUUAUUUUUUCAAGUUAUUUUUUUCUUUUGUCAAGCCCAAAAUCCGAACCAUUUUCUUCAUUUAUUUACUGUUUGCAUAAAUCUUUUCAACAUUUUUGUCAAUUUGGAAGAAAUUUCUAUAGUUUGAAAAAUUCCCUUUAUAUUUGGUGCUUGCAAAAAAAAGUUGGAAAGAUUGGCCUGCCAAGUUCUGGAAUCCAACGGAUCCUCCUCAAUGGCGUCGUUCUGCGCCGGCUCCUUGGCGCUGAUGGACGCCGGAGUCCCUCGGCCCCGGCGGCCGGAGGUCAUCGGCCUUCUGACGGAUCCGACGUCGCCGGACUAG